CGAGUGACCAAUUGAACGCCUGUGGUUUAGUGCCACAAAGAUGAUCUCAAGAUGAUCAACAAGGCGGAAGCCAGAGUAUCAAAUUACGGUGUUCUAUUUUGAAAAUGUACAUUUUACCCGUGUUGGCCAUUAUUGUGUUGGUCCAAUGUGUUGUUUGUAGCAAAGACAGACCUUUAAUUAAUGUAGCGUUUGUAGCGUAACUAGCUUACUAGCAGCGUAACUGCUUACUGCACGGGAAUUUCUGCCUCUCUACCGGGAGCCUCUUCUGCAGGUUGUCAAGAUCUGCUACCUUUAUUUCACAAUGGAAGAGGAUAAUCCCGUCGCCUUGGCUGACAUCUGUCUAGCCUCGGUCUGUCACAGUUUGGAGCGGCUUUGUGUGAAACGUGAAGACGGAUCACUUUGUUUCUGCCACUGCCCAGUCUUCCCUCAGAUGCUAGCUGACCAGUUGCUUGGCAAGAUGGCAGAGGACGGUGUGCUAAAUGAUAGAACCAUUGGAGUCUUCCGCAGCUAUGAGCACUUGCGUCUCCGCCGCGUGUGCCUCCGGGCGUCGCAUCUCUCUGCUGAGGCUUUCCGCCUCGCCACACAGCCCCAUAGGCUUCAGGAGCUGGAUACAUCCAAAGUUAACGGUGGCUUGACUGUAUCAGAUGUUCUGCUUAGCCUCACAGCCAACAAAGAGUCUCGGGACAACAUUCAACGGCUUAACCUGAGCGGACUCGAAAUGGGAGAGGGCUGCCUUGAGAACAAGCGGCUCAGCUUCAGCUCGUUGCCGGGCCUGAGAACCGUGCUUCUGGCCGGCACAGAGUUGGACGACUCUGGGCUGGAGGACAUCUGCACCCUUCCUCGGCUUGAGGUACUGGACAUUUCCAGCACACGUGUCACUGAUCUCACGCCUCUGCUGGACUGUCAGGCCACCCUAAAGUCCCUGUCGGCCCACGGCCUCAGGCACCUCGAGAUGCCCGCUACGCGCCUCCUGCUAGUGCUGGGCCGGCUAGAGGGUCUCAGGCACCUGGACCUCUCAGACGACAGGCUGAGCAACGAGGGGGACGGUAUGGUAGAGAAGCUGCUGGAGAAGCCCGUCAUCCUCCCGGCGCUGGUGUCGCUCGACGUGUCCGGCUGGAGGGGAAUAACAGAGGCUUCGAUCGAGGCGUUUCUGGAAGCGAGGCCACACAUGAACUUCGUUGGACUGCUGGCCACUGGAGCAGGCUUCAGUGACUUCUUUACUGCGAAAAGCAACUUGAAGGUUGCUGGAGAGGCCAACAUCAACCAGAUCAGUGAGGCCCUGAGGAGAUACUGUGAGAGGGAGUGCUUUAUACGGGAGGCUAUGGUUCACCUCUACAGCCUGACCAAUGACACGGAGGAACCUCAGCCAGAUGUCUUGAAGCUGGUGUCCAUGGGAAUGAAAAAUCACGAACAGUCCUUGCAUGUCCAGCUGGUGGCCACAGCCUGUGUAUUCAACCUCACAACUCAAGAUAAGACCCUAGGCAUGCCACUGGAACUUCUGAGAAUCACAGUUCAUCAGCUUCUGACAGCCAUGAGGAAUUUUCCAAACCAUGAACAGUUACAGAAGAACUGCUUACUUUCACUCUGCAAUGACCGAUUUUUACAAGAUGUCCGAUUUGACAGAUUUGAUGCAGCUAAGCUGGUUAUGGCCUGGUUGAGCAGCCGUGAGGACCACACCCUGCAGAGGAUGGCUGUAGCAAUUGUCUCCACACUGGUGUCUAAGCUUACCACUGAGGAGACUGCACGACUUGGUGCUGAGGCCUUUAUCAUGGAGCAACUCCUCAGCAUUGUACAGCAGAAGGCCUCAGCAGGGGUGGUGGACUCCACCCUGAAGUUCGCUCUGAGCGCCCUGUGGAACCUGACAGAUGAGACACCAACUGCCUGUUGCCACUUCAUCCAGUGCCAGGGCCUGGAGCUGUAUACGGAGGUGCUUGAGUCCUACUACACAGAGUCCUCCGUCCAGCAGAAAGUCUUGGGUUUGUUGAAUAACAUUGCAGAGGUGGUGGAGCUGAGGGCAGACCUGAUGGAUGAAGACCUCCUGGAGUACGUGCUCACCCUUCUCGGGGGUGCUGAUGUGGAGGUUGGGGUCAGCUACUUUGCAGGUGGGAUCCUGGCCAACCUGACCUCCACAGGAGUGUCCGCCUGGACCCUGGACCUUGAUCUUCAUGACUCCAUCCUGACCAAGCUGCAUUCUUCCAUCCUGAAAUGGACCCCACCCCAACAUGAAAUGGUGUCCUAUAGGUCAUUCCAGCCAUUCUACCCUUUGCUCCAUAGCUCUCAGCCCACUGGGGUGCAGCUCUGGGCUGCCUGGGCGGUGCAUCUGGUUUGUGGACAAAAUGCCUCUCAGUAUGCCAGCAUGCUUCAGGAGGAGGGGGGCCUGGACAUUCUGAAGGACCUCAUUACGCACCCUGACACUCAUGACGAUGUCCGCGGGCUAGCAGAAAGCAUUGUGGGCAUUUCAGAACAGAACCUGGCUAAGCAAGCCCUUUGAGAAGAGGGGAUGCCCUUUAACAUGUCAUCUACAGAACACUGGACAUGUGUUUAGGCGUACAUCACGGAAGCAGGCUUCUUCUGCAUGUCCUGGACUCUCUGAGCCUCGUGACUGGCUCCCUCAUGAGAGCUCACAUUUCAUGUGGGACAGUUGCUGAUAGCUGUUGAACCAAUGAAACAGGUUGCUCCCGAAAUUGUGUGCAGAGUCUACAGACAGAUGUCUGACAUUUAGGUAGACUGUUUUGAAGAGGCAACAUUUUCUUGUUUAAAGUAACACUAUGCAAUAGUUUCCCACUUUUUGAGGUUUGUUUUUAUGAGCAACAACUUUUGGUCUAGCCAAAUUACACCCCUCCCUUAUGUGUUGAAGGCGGUAAUGGACUCAAUUCAAGCCAUUUUGUUUCCCAUUUACAAAGCCAAGACUGUGAAUGCACAGUUUUGAGCGCCCACACAGAGUGGACAGCUACAGGACCAUGGGGAGCAAUUUGCUAAAUUUGACAAAAAAAUCUAUUGGAUUACAAUCGCACACUGCACCUCUAACUACCACCAACGUAAUGCUUAAAUUGUUCCCCACCUCAUUUUAAUUAAUUAAUUGAGCACAGCUAAAUCCUGCCCCUCUGAUCCCACAAUUAUCACAAAUGCCAUUGUGAAUGUGUUACAAAGUACCUGUCUGAUUGAUAAAGGGCUAACAUACAAACUGAAAUGGCCCAUUAAAUAUACUGGACACUGUAUUAACAAUUUAGUUAGACAUGUCCCUCCAUAAACCACUUCAGGACACCAGUGCUCCAUAGAUACGGACAGAUCAUUUGAUAUUUAUGUCUAGUUUUGGUGAUUCAGUAUCCUGCCGGGUAAAUUUGGUAUUUUAUUCAGUAUCCUAUCAGGUAAAUAAAAUGAUUUAUUUAACUUAUUCAAUUGUAAGAAAAUAUAUAUUUGAUAUAUCAAUAAAAAAAUUUACUAUAUCUGCCUUUCUCAUGUUUUCUGUGCAAUGGCUUCAAGGAUGAAAUUCUUCUGAAUAAAUCAGGAGUACUGCUCUUGAUUAAUCCUCAUUAACCUUCACCACUUUUACUUCAUUAGUGUUCCACAGGUUGGCCUAAGGUAUCCUGCCGGUGGCUGCCUGGUCAUUUGCAAAUACAGAGUUCUUUAAAAUAGUCAUUGACAAAGGAGUAACUAUACUUUACUACAGAAACUAGUGUCGUUUCUUGACCACACAAAAACAGCUGAGCUGCUAAUAUCUGUGGUUAAUAUGAACAAAACAUAUGGUGAUGAUGCAUCAAAUGUGUUAAGCUAUGACCAUAGGCAAGCAGCAAACUGAGUGUCCUUCACCACUGUGCAUGAAAGUAAAAGUGUUUCUGUUGGGCUAUGAAGGUUGGGCACUUAUGAAAUCCAAUUCUGCUCAAACGUGCAGCACAUAGAUGCAUAUAUGGAGGACAGAUGGCACCCUGCUCUAACACAACGUGUUACCACACUACUCACAAAGACAGCUGCAGUACUCACACAGAUGGGCCUGACAUAGACACAAAUGCUCAC